CGCACACUCUAUCGCAGCCGAAGUGACUAAUAAAUCACCGCCAAGACAAGUUUCACGUUCCCGAAAAAUUAGAGUCAUGGUUAGAGUCGAAGCUACUGUACUGGAAACUUUCACACAAGCGACGGAAAUUUGUAUUUGAUACAGCAAUUAACAAGAUUCUUCAAGAUAUUAUGCACCGGUUUGUGAGAUGCCAAAACAAGUGAUCUAGUGUUAAUCUCCUUCAUUGGACGAAAGUGGUUGUGGACUAGACUAUGCAGAGGUAGACAGCCUAUCACAUGUGGCUCCAGAGUCAACUCAGCGCACUGACUGGGACCAUCCCAGCACCAAAGUGGAAGAAGGUCUGCAUUGCAGGGAUCUUCAUCCUUGUCAUCUUUGGUUACAUCGGCCCUUGGGUUAUCCAUCAUGGUAAGACCACACAGGUGACCAUUGAGUGCCUGGGGGCCAAGGUCACCCAGCUAGAGGAGCAGUAUGGCCCUUCAGGAGUGACAGUACUCCACGCUAACCGCAGUCCCGAACGUCCAAAGGUGCUAGCAGUGACGGGGAACGGAUACAUUGAGUUCAUUGUGGAUCAUGUGAAGCCAAACAAUCUAUACCUUAGAGGAGAUUCUUGGGUAUCUGAUGCACCAUACCGUCCACUCCUGCGCACCAAGAUUGAAGGGUACAAUGAUCAACGCGCGACCAUCAUCAACUACAAGAAGGGUAUUAUAGAACAUAUACAAUGUUAUUAUGUUCAAGAUUCGUGUGUGCAAGUUAAAGUGACCACACUGGCUCACAGGACAAGAGAAGCAAUAUUAUAUCAGGAAGUGGAAGUAGACAAUACAGCUUCUAUCCCUGUGACCUUGGCCGUUUCAAGAAAUGGCCCUAAUAAUUGGAAAGGAUCAGCAACAAGCAAUGAAAUCUUUGAAGUGAAUGGAAAAUCAAUUGAGUAUGUGAUAUCCACAGGGAAAUUUCCUGCACCUUAUGUAAGGGACACGCAAGGGCAGCACUAUGUGGCAUUAGUGAUUGCAGCCACAGGGUUCGACAAAAUAGUAGAAGUAGCUCCGGGCACAAAAUACUCAAAGACAAUCAUUGCAAUUGCAAGAUUCUCUGAGCCUGUGUUAGAUAUUCAUGCUGACACUGAUGUUCUUGCAAGUUUAACUGAUAAAACAGAAGAAGAGUUGUUUUCUUUGUUACAUCUUGACUUUCGGGACAUUUUGGAUGAACAUAUUAGUGUGUGGUCUAAGAGUAUGUGGAAUAGUAAACUACUUGUAGAACCUUUGCCAAGUGUAGAGGAAAACCCCCUUUCUCCCCACUUGACAUCUGAACUAGUCACUGCAACGUUUUACUAUAUUAUGACGUCGGUGAAAGCCCCUCUCUUGGUGCCUGGUCUUAGUAUACAGCAGAAGAAGGAAUUAGUGAGUGCCUUGCAGCGACCACAGUCGUGCUUUAAUGGGCAACCAACGUAUGAUAACCCAGAGCUUUGGAUGCAGCUUACAAAACCUCAGGAGCUACAUGAUCUGAUCUCACAUUGGAUGCACACAUUGUACAAACAUGGCUGCAGUUCUUUGUUAUCAGCUGGAGUGACAGGAGUUGCCCAGGCAAUGCUUCUCAGUGUCUUUUCUGCUCAAUUCACUGAUAAGGAGCUUUCAUUUCAUGCAGAUCCUGCACACAUCAAAGGCAAGUUCCUCUUUGAGAACAUCCUGUACAACUCAUCCUUCCUGCAAAUCAAUGUGGAUCCGUCAGGUCCUGCUGAAAAUCAAAAGGUUACUCUUCAUGUUAGCCAUUACCAAAGUCAAGAUGAUAAAGUACGCCCUCUUUAUGCUUGUGGAUCAGGAUGCCUCCAGGCACUGCAGCUGACAGAAGAAGAUCAGAAGCUGGACCUGAAGUGGACAGAACCACAAACACCAUUUCUGUAUUUGUCACAUGACCGAAAGCACCUUGAGUAUCUCCAGAAGAUCAUCCACAUUAAGAAACUCAGGUGGUUGGAUGAAAUACCCAUCAACAGUGCCGCCCAAGACCAUCAUGGUUUCCGAGUUCCGGUCAUUGUAUGGAUUGUUCUCAUCAGUCUCAUUAUAUGCUUUCAUGUUGUUCUUAUCAAAAUGAUUUGGAAUGAGUACUGUCGGGAUGGAUCACCAACCAAGCAGAAAUCAUCAAAAUUUAAUAUCAAACCAUAACUGAAUGAAUAUUACAAUACAUUUAUUUGUGAUAAUCAGAAAAUGUCUAAUCUGAAUUUGUUUUUCAUUGAUAAUUUAAGUUUAAUUACCUCUUCAUGCUUAUCAUUCUACGAUAAAGCAUAAUAUCACAGACUUUCACUAAUGUCAUAGAGAAUAUGAAGAUAUCUUUUUACAAUGUAAAUCAUAAUAUGGCAACAGAUUGUUGCACAGUAAAUGUUCAAAUGUUUUGAUAUGUCAUGGUGCAAGAUUUCUGAAUUCACACUAGUUAGUAUAUUGAUAUUUAGAUUGU